UACGAAUUGAAUUAUACUUUUUGUACACAGUUCAAAACUGGCGCUUCGCUCAGCUGUUUUCUGUCGAUUCAGCUUCUUUCAAAGUGACGUACCGAAAAGGCUUACGCGCCCGAAUUACUGUUUAUUUCAUAUAACAGACUAAAAAAUGAAUGGUACUAUCAACGGACAGUGUUAGAAAGUUAAAUAGUUUUAGUAUUUUACACUUACUAGUGAUUUAUAACAGUGCAAGAGAAGCGCGGCGCCGCCCCCCGAUCCGGUGAUGGAGCCGCCGGAGGGCGGAGGCGGCGAGGGCGUGCGAACGUCCCGUCACAGCAUAGCGGUGCCGCAGGAGGCGACACCACGCCGACGUGCCUCCUUCCUCAAUCUGCACAUUCCCGAUGCCGGCACCAAUUGGCGGGGCUCACUCACCCAUCUACAUCUGCCGACGUUCACGUUGACGUCGCCCGACGGCGAACAAGCCAGGAAGUUCACCUUCGGCCUCGGACUGCGCAGGCACUCGCACAACACAUUACACAGGACAGAGUCCAUGGUGUCCUUAUGUUACCGGAAUCUGAUAGGGUUUAUCAACGAUGACAACAUACAGGGUUUGGAGUCGUUCCUGGAAAACAAACAAGUGCAGAUCGACGAUAAAGAUGAGAACGGAGCGACAGCACUCAUGGUGGCGGCCACCAAGGGCCGCUCCAACUUCGUCAGCAAGCUGCUGGCGAACGGGGCAGAUCCUAACGUGGAGGACAACGACGGUUGGACGGCGCUGCUGUGCGCGUCCAAGGAGGGCCACGCCGACGUCGUCCGGCAGUUGCUCGAGGCUAGCGCCGCCGUAGAUCACAGAGACAUGGGCGGUUGGACGUCUUUGAUGUGGGCGACGUACAAGGGACGCACCGAAGUCGCCCUGGCGUUGUUGCAGGCGGGGGCGGACGUGAACGCCCACGGCAAUUACCACAUUUCGUCCUUGCUGUGGGCGGCCGGUCGCGGCCACCACCAAAUUACCGAGGCGCUGCUGGCGCACGGUGCUAAAGUAAACGUAGGCGAUAAGUACGGCACCACCGCCUUGGUGUGGGCGUGCCGUAAGGGUUACACCGAUAUUGUCGAAACACUUUUGAAACACGGUGCUAAUGUGGAUACUGCCGGCAUGUAUUCGUGGACCGCUUUGCUGGUGGCCACACAGGGUAACCACGUGGACGUGGUUAAUUUGUUACUGGAGCACAAGCCUAACGUCAACGCACUGGACAAAGACGGCUGCAGCCCUCUUACAAUCGCUUGUAAGGAAGGGUACUAUGAGAUAGCCACAGCACUUAUGGCGACUGGGGCUUAUAUUAACAUUCAAGACAGAGCGGGGGACACGAAUUUGAUACACGCAGUGAAGGGUGGUCACAGGGCGGUGGUGGAGGCGCUGUUGAAGAAGUACGCAGACGUCGACGUAAUGGGUAAAGAUAAGAAAACCGCUAUGUACAUUGCGGUUGAGAAAGGCAACGUUAACAUCGCCAAGAUGUUACUGAGCAGCAAUCCAGACCUGGAGUUGGCUACGAAAGAUGGCGAUACACCUUUACUUAAAGCUGUACGUUCUCGCAACGCCGAAUUGGUACAAAUGCUGCUGGACAAAAAGGCUAAAGUAUCAGCCGCCGACAAAAAAGGCGACACUGCGCUUCAUAUAGCUAUGCGUGCCCGUUCCAAAGCUAUAGUUGAAAUUUUGUUACGCAACCCGAAGCACAGUCAAUUGUUGUACAGACCAAACAGAAAUGGGGAGACCCCUUAUAAUAUCGAUGUUAACCAUCCCAAGACGAUUUUGGGACAGAUUUUUGGCGCUCGAAGACUUAACACUAACGAAGAUAAUGAGAACAUGUUGGGGUAUGAUUUGUACAGUAGUGCGUUGGCUGACAUAUUAAGUGAGCCAUCCUUAUCAAUGCCCAUUACUGUGGGGUUAUAUGCCAAAUGGGGCAGUGGAAAAUCGUUUCUGUUAAGCAAGCUUAGGGAGGAGAUGAAGAAUUUUGCCAGAGAAUGGGUGGAUCCGGUCUUCCAGUUCACGAGUCUGUUGUUCCUUGUACUUAUUCAUAUUACCAUUACCUUAGGAAUGAUUUUUGGACUGUCUUUGCAGUCGUGGAUUGUGGGUUUGGUUGUAGGACUAGCCGUUUUAAUUCUUUGUUACAUGUUUUUGGCGUUAACGUGGUUUGCUAGUAAAAAGUAUGAUUGGGAUUGGCCGUAUAACUUCAACGUAAAGUUGACCAGAAAACUGAACAAUUUAAAAUUGGUACUGCAAAUAUUAUUCUGCCAUCCCCCAGGUAUAUCUAAUAACGACGGUGUAUCAGCUCAUCCAAUAAGAUUCUUUUUCACGGAUCAAACAAGGGUCAGCAGCACAGCCGACGGCAAAAACUCGAUAGUCCAAAUGAUAGGCUCCCUAUACGACGCAAUUGAAAAUGAAUAUGGCUCAGUUGCCACUCGUUUAUACCGUGCAUUCAAACCGAAGCCGGAGAAGUCUUCCUCCACGUGGACGUGGAGAAAGUUGUGCUGCCUGCCUUACGUUCUUAUUUUCGAAAUCGCUUUCUUAUCGCUGACGUUGGGAGUCUGUGCCUUGACUAUGUACUUGGUCAACGUUAACAGUAGCUCCGAAAUGGACGACUUCGUCCUUCAGAUCAUCCUCAUUUGUACAGCCCUGUUGUUGGGCGUAACGGCGGUUGCUAAUCUGUACACGUGGAGCAAACUGCUAAGGACCGUGUUCUUUUCGCAGCGUCGUCAUCUCCAGAAGUCCAUUUCUAGGUUGGAGACACUCAACUCUGAGGGCUUCCUGCAAACCUUGCGCCAAGAAGUAACGUUAAUGAAGGACAUGGUGCGUUGCUUGGACAGAUUAAGCCAGCAGCAAACUCGCAUGGUGAUCGUAGUUGAUGGCUUGGACAGUUGUGAGCAGGAAAAGGUUUUGUUGAUACUCGACACCGUUCACAUGUUAUUCUCCGAUGCCAACACACCCUUUAUUGUAAUUUUGGCUAUCGAUCCGCACGUAAUCGCAAAGGCUGUUGAGAUCAACUCAAAACGGUUGUUCAGCGAAAACAACAUCGGCGGCCACAACUACCUCAACAAUAUGGUGCACCUGCCGUUUUACUUGCAAAACUCCGGUCUUAGGAAGGUGAAAGUCGCCCAACAAACAGCACUGUCCCACAGGAAAAAUGUUGCCUCCACGUGGAACGAAAACGAGGAUAACUUGAAUUCUUUCCUUGCCAGAUCUGCCUCUUGCCGAAGACUUUCAAACGAGAACAUGCUGAUGUCUAGUCGUGAGAAUCUGAAGUUGCCAGGCAGAAAAGGCUCGCGUAAACUUAAGCUAUCCGAAUCGAUAGCCAGCUCAAUUGGCUCGAAUUUGAACAAGAUUGGAGGAGCUCAGGAUCUUACUAAGAUGUUACUUACUGACGACUAUUUCAGUGACGUCAAUCCCAGGUCAAUGAGAAGACUGAUGAACGUAGUUUAUGUUACAGGUCGGUUACUUAAAGCAUUCCAAAUAGAUUUUAACUGGUAUCGUUUGGCCUCGUGGAUCAACAUAACGGAACAGUGGCCAUUCCGCACCUCAUGGAUAAUAUACCAUUAUGAUUUAUACGAAGAAAGUCUCGAAGAUAGUACUUCUUUAAAGUCAAUCUACGACAAGAUCCGCCCACACAUUCCCUGCAUCAAAAACACGGAACCGUUGAUGGAUUUGGACAGAGAUGAGAAAAAGUUCGACAUCUUCUUAACCUUCCACCGGUCUAGUCUUUUAGUGAGCGAUUUGAAGAUAUUCUUGCCCUUCACCAUCAACCUGGACCCCUAUUUAAAGAAACUAAUCAAAGAGGAGACACAGACGUUGGAGGAUGAAGGCAUUUCGUUUGGACAGGCCGCAUCACUUAACGUAUUGCAUCCAAACAAUUCAUUUACAUCUUGGCCUGGCCAACAACAGACACAUAUAGACUGGAACACUCCUAAGAACAGUAUGGUGAAUAGACGUGCGAAACCACAUUCAGUAGCCAAGAUGGCACCUCAUUCCGGUUCCAUGAUGUAUCCGCACCCGAGUAUGAUGUCGUUUACGCCGCAUUGGCAGGAUCCAACCACGUUGCACCACUUCCAGACCACACCUCUGCCAUCUUUGGCACCUGUUACGGCUCUGGAGCCGGAAAUUCUCGAACACAAGUUGUCCACUUUGAAUAUAGACGGAGUGUGCAAACUGAUGCAGAAAAUACAAGAUCUAGACAAUAAUUCAUUGGAGCAAUACAUUUCGGUGAUAAAGAAACAUAACGUCAAUGGAAAGGUGCUACUCCACUGCGAUUUGGAGGAGCUCAAACGGCUGUUGAAUAUGUCGUUCGGGGACUGGGAAAUGUUCAAGGUGCUGUUGAUAAGUCUGAGAGAGUACGAGGUGACCAGUCUGAUGCGUGAGGACGAAGUUGUGAAGCCCGCAUCCUCGAAUAAACAUGAAAGGAAGGCGAGCGUUACCAAACUUCAGGUGCCUGGCGAGAAGGACUCAAAGAUGCAGGUGGACGGACCUCCCAAAGAAAGAAAGCAGAGUGUGAUAGAGAAACAGGUGACCUUAGAAGAGCAAAUGAUCUGCGGAGCCUUGCAAACCUUGAACGAGGAGGCAUGUGAGGAUGUACUGGAGGAAACCGAAGAGACUAAAAUCGUAAUAGAAGGCGAUGUGCCUCAGACAUCGGUGAUCCCACCGAGUCCGGACCAGGCCAACAACCAAGAUUGGUCGCGUGGCACGAGAUCGAGGACGAACAGCUCCAGCGGCCUGGUAGGUGACACUGAUUUUGUAUUGUUGCAAUCCUCGCCCGUAGGUCACAUGCACUGGCAUCCAGUCAGUAUUUCGAUCGGCGGGCACCGACACUCGCCUACGGCCAGCGAUCACAGUAGCUGCAGCUCGCAGCCACCGUCGCCCGUUGCAGAAAGAAGAUUAUCAAGUAUAAGAAUUGAAGACUUUAACAAAAGGGGCAGGCACGUCGUUAUUAAAACAGGGUACACAGAUAACACCCCAAGGGUUAGUAUAUCGUCGAACAACUCCACCGUUUUAUACGAAAACAUGGACGAAAAGCCACAGCAAUACAAAACGACUGGUUCCCAAACCAAGCCACGUCCCAGUUCGUUGUACUUAAUCAAACACGAGCAAAGACACAAACCGUCGAUCAGAAACAGGUCGAAGUCAAUCGAUAACAGUCAGCAAAAGAAGGAGAAAAAGGAGAGCAGUUUCGAAAGGUUGCACAGACUGAAGGAGAAACUGUUGCAUUCCAGUCCGGAGUUGAACGAAAACGCGAGCGACAACGAGAGUACUCCUCUCGUUUCGGAGGUGUCCACGCCCUCCAAAUCCGGCCAGAGCACCGAAGUCAAAACGUCUGAAUCAAAUAGCUUAGUAGCGUCCCCGGUGUCACAUAAAAGUCUUUCCCCAGACCAACCCACCAAGAUCCAGACAAGGAGCGAGAUGAAUUUGACAGAGACUACGGACAUGAGCCCGUCCAUCUACGACGACCCGAACGACAGAUCCAUAACGAAUCCGUCGUUUUCGCCUGAGUUCCACAUGCGACCCAGAACCAUGUCUGAUUGUACUAAUUCGUCGGUGUCCGGUCUAGACCAUUUCCAGAGCAAUUACAGCGUUCACAGUCACAGUAGUUCCAGCCCCUUGUCUAGGCAGAAUGCGAUGGAGUCUGAGGAAAACUUGACGGACGUGUUUUGCGAUCCUGUUAGCAAGCAGUGAUUAGUACCAUUUAAACCCCAUUUAGGAGCAAUUAUUUCCAGAGUACUUAUUUACAAUAUGAUGUUCUCUCUAUAGACAGUAUUUUAUAUUUUAUUAGUAGUUAAUGUUUUGUGAUUUAUUUUUUUGUAAAUAAAUAAAAUGUUGAACUGUU